AUGUCCGGAAGACAAGAGCAAAUCAACCUCGAUACAUUAGAGCCUCAGCAGCUUGCCCAGGUCAAGAAGCAACUCGACGAAGAGCUCGAACACCUGACGACGUCCUUUGCGCAGCUUCAUGCCGCACAGAAUAAGUUCAAGGACUGCCUCCAAUGCGUCAAGAGCAGGUCUGCCGCUCCUGAAGGAGCCAACUCCGUGCUAGUUCCCCUUACCAAUUCGCUAUAUGUCCGUGGAGAGUUGGCGGAUGCCGAUACAGUACUGGUGGACAUCGGCACCGGCUUUUUGGUAGAAAAGAAACUCAAGUCUGCCGAGAAGUUUUACGAAGCCAAGGUCGAGGAGCUUGGAAGCAACCUAAAAGAUCUCGAGGUCAUUGUUCAACGGAAGCAGACAAAUGCACGAACAAUCGAGGAGGUUUUGAGACAAAAGAUCAUGGCUGGUCAAGGACAAGGUGAGCAACAGGCGUAA